CAGCCGAGUCCGCUAAAGUGUGUCCCCACUCAGGAGGGGACCCCGGACCACCAGAUGGUGAACCUUCACCACGCUGAGAAUGACAGAGUGUGGUGGGUCCAAAGGGUUCCAGAACCAGGAAGAUGCUAUCGCUCCCCUAGAAGGGAGACUUCGGUGUGGGGAUUUGGCGCGAGGUACCCCUGGACAUUCCUCUCUGGACACCAACAGGGUGUGUGUCAAGCUUUAGUUAGUGCUAUCAAGAAUACAUAUAAGAAGUUAGCGGUAUACAGCAAGAUGCAGGACUCUCUGGAAGUCACCCUUCCCAGCAAACAAGAGGAGGAGGAGGAUGAGGAUGAGGAGGAGGAGGAGGAGGAGAAAGACCAGCCUGCCGAGAUGGAGUACCUUAACUCUCGCUGUGUCCUUUUCACUUAUUUCCAGGGAGACAUUGGGUCAGUAGUGGAUGAACACUUCUCAAGAGCUUUGGGCCAAGCCAGCACCCUCCAUCCAGAAUCUGCCAUUUCAAAAAGCAAGAUGGGGCUAACCCCCCUAUGGCGAGACAGCUCAGCUCUCUCAAACCAGCGGAGUAGUUUCCCGACUUCCUUUUGGACCAGCUCUUACCAGCCCCCAUCUGCACCCUGCUUAGGUGGGGUUCAUCCCGACUUCCAGGUCACUGCACCCCCUGGCACCUUUACUGCAGCCGACCCCAGCCCCUGGCCGGGACAUGGGCUGCAUCAGACUGGCCCAGCCCCUCCCCGUCCUGCAUCCGAGUCCUGGCACUAUCCUUUGGCAUCUCAGGUGAGCCCGUCCUACAGCCACAUGCAUGACGUGUACAUGCGGCACCACCACCCCCAUGCCCACAUGCACCAACGCCAUCACCACCACCACCACCACCAUCACCCUUCUGCUGGUUCUGCCCUGGAUCCGUCCUAUGGGCCCCUGCUGAUGCCAUCAGUGCGUGCAGCCAGGAUUCCUGCUCCCCAGUGUGACAUCACAAAGACAGAUCCGACUACAGUCACCACUGCUACCUCAGCAUGGGCCGGAGCUUUUCAUGGAACCGUGGACUUAGUGCCAAGUGUGGGGUUUGAAACAGGUCUACAGCAUCAAGACAAGAACAAGGAAUCACCCUGGUACUGAAAUACAGUAUUAGCAAGUCAGGUUGGAGUGUGAAUCCAUGGGCCCACUGGAAAAGAUGGUGCCAGGAUUUUCCAUUCUGCAGUGGGACACAAUAGACAUGGAAGGAGAAGAGGAAGCAUCAGCCAGCUGACUUUGGUUUGGAGCCUUUCUUUGAGAAAGCAGAGUGGGUCCUAGACAUUGAAGAAAAGCAUUUUUGUUUGUAUUUUCCCCUCAUCUGAGCCUUUGCCAACUGUGCAACUCUCUUUUUUUGUCUUGCUUUUAUGAAUACAUGGUUUAAUUUUUGUUUCAUUUUGAUGUUUUGGGGUUUGUUUGUUUGUUUUCCUUUUUGAACCAACCAGCCUUGUCAGGAAAAGAUGAACCACAAAUGAAAAUGCCCAUUCCUUCAGGAAUACAAUUUUGUAGCUCUAUGUGUAUCUAUUUUUGUAGAAAUACAAAAAAUUUGCUUUAGCAUUGAUGGGCUAUUUUUGAGGGAUGUAUUUUUUUUAAUAUUGUAAAAAUUGUUAAGUUCUGUUUAAAGAACUUGCUCUCAGAGAAGCACUGGCAAAAAUGUUGAAAAUGCUUGUCUUUAAGAUGUCUGUGAUAUGCUCUGUGCUUUCUAGCUUACCUCAAGUGUUUGAGAGUUUCUCCUUUUUUACAAAAGUAGCACCGUAGCCAAGCCAAUAUAGUAUUGUUCUACAUUAAAUCUCAGUGAAGAUUUAAUUCCAUGCUAGCUCACUUAGCUUUUAGUUAUAUGUAUAGCUUGAAAGGGAAGUGUUUUAAUGACCUCACUAAAAAAAAAGGGUAUUACAUUACUUCAGUUUGUCCGAAAGAGUACUUGGAGUUUGGCUAAGAUGAAAGUUUGCAGAAACAUGGAAGUCAGAUGGAGAGUUUGCCUAGAGAAUAUAAUUGUCUUUCUAGCCCAUCCAACUUUAUAAAUGGAACCAGUUUGUAUCCAACUACUGGAAAAUAAACGCAUUUACCCAUCCGUGCUACCUUUGAUUGCCGAUGGCUUAGUUUCCUUGUUUCUAAUUAUUCAGUCAUGGCAAUUUUGAAGGUCAUAUUUUAAGUGGAUUUUUUUCCCCUGGAGAUGGUUUGAAGGGUAAUAUUUGGGAAGGUACUAGACACGUCACAAAGCCUUUAAUUCAAUGGCUAGUUUUGAUAAUGUUACUCAUCAUUGUAAAUUGAAAAAUAGUAUAUUGUAUGUAAUAUUUUAAAUGUAAGUUUUUUCCCGUCUUCUUUGUUUAAAUCUGGUUUUAGUAGAUUAAACUCUUUUAAGAAAAAUGUUUAGAGCAAAAUGAAAUUUAAAUUGGAAUUUAUGCCACGAGUACUUAAAUUGAGAUAAUAAAUUGACUAUUUAUUCUUAGAAAUUUAUUCUUGAAAACUCAGGAUUCAACUUGGCAUGACCCUCAGGAUCUAAAUAAGAUGAAAUUGGAAUUAUCAUUAAGACCCUGUUAGGAAAAGAUUAGGGUUAUAAAAGUAGCAGUUACUAAUAUUUUAAGGAUUUUGAUGCAAAGUCCAUUUUCUUACAGCUGCUUCCAGUGAUGGGCCACAUUAAAAAGUUAGUGUUACAUAGAAGUUUUAGUUCGGUAAAAGUUUCUUAAAUGUGCCCCAUCCUUGUCUUUGCCCAUAUGAAAUACAGUGUUUAAUGACAUACCGCUUUCCAUUUUAAAUUUGUAUAUCUUGUGCAUAAACAUUUUAGGUAUAAGAACAGUACCUCUGCUCAGCUAAGCAGGGUUCUUACAGAUAAUAUAAAGUUCCCUUAUCUCUGUUUUUUUACAUUAGUUUCCCCCCCGCCUCCCGUGCCUCUGGUGAGUUAUGUCUAUAUACUGUCUUGUGUUCUUUUUUUUUUUUUAUACUGUCUUGUGUUCUUAUCACUAAGUUGCUUCUUCUUAAUCAGACUCUUCUUAACACAAUAUGCAUAUUUUUACCUAAUGUGAGGUCAAAACUUAAGGAAUUUUCAACUUACUAAUGAUAUGAAUUUAGAUUUCUAGGGAGUGGCUUGGUUAAAUUAUCUGUAUUUUGAUCUAUAAUUUGACUUGUUACGGUUGUAUGUCCUUUGCCCAAUCCGUGGAGCAUGAAGUUAAAUGAAUCUCUAAAACUGGUUUCCUCUUGUGUACUCCUAAGUUUUCAAAGACAAGUAUUCGGCAGUUCCCAUGGGAUGACUCACUGGGGAUUAUUUAUUUUCCUCCUCUUCCCUUGGAACCUGUUAACUUCCUUUGCCGUUUCUCUUAGAACAGCGUUGUGGCCCAAUUCAUUCAGUUCAUUCAACUGGAUUUUCCCAAUUAAAGGAGAAGAAAAUUAUUAAUUCUCUGCUCCUUUCCUUAGUCUCCAUUGAAUUGAAUUCAAGGAGAGAGACAGACAACUGGCUAAUAACUUCACCCUGAAUUUGGACUGUGUUCUGUGAUACCCCUGGUAACUCUAGUGUGACACAUUCCUGGGUUCUGGGGCCCAAGAAAAGUUGGGGGCCUGAAUUGUGCUGUAUCCAGGACAGAUUUGUAAGUGGGAUCUCCUGUUGAGAAAAGACAUUGUUGACCUAUUGCAACGAUUAGAUCCUUGCACAGACAAGGAAUGGAUCAAAGUCCAAGUAAAAAGACUCUUUAAUGUCUCUAUAAUUGCCUGGCAUUCCCUUGUUUAGUUUUUUUUUUUUCUUUAUUGGUUUUUGUUUGUUGGUUCAUUUGUUUUGCCUGGCAUCCCCUUAUUACGAUCAUAUUACCUUUACCACCAGAAGUUAUGAAAGAGGAUGAGUUGCAAUUUAGCUUGAUAUUCUGAAUUUAUUUUAAGUUUAAAAUGCUGUCACUCUCUGGGUCUGCUUUUCUCACAUCAGAAUGAUGCUGUUGAACUUGGAAGCUUCUAUACUUCUUUACCAAGGGCUACUAGUUUCCUCCCCAAGUCAUUUGGAAGCACUCCACCUUUGACUAUUUUAAAAAUCAGACUUCAUUCAAGGUUUUUAAAGGUCUGUGAGCUAGACCUUAUGAAAUCAUCUCAUUUAUUUGACCUCUAAUCUAGGCUUGGACCACUAAACUAACAUGAGUUAGGGAACAGCAUUAAAGUGAUAAUUUAGAUAUCAACAGGCUAUUUUGUCCAUCAUUGUUUAUUUGAAAAGAGCCUCUAAGUGUUUUUAAAAACCAGUGUUUUUUUUUUUUAAGAAGGUUAACUCUCCCCUCCUAACUUUCAUCUCCAAUUUUUUUUCUUUCUUUGUCCUCUUAAAAUUAUUUACAUUAUUAUUUUAAGCCAAAAUGUCCAGGAUUACUCUACAUUUUGCAAAUGAGAACCAGUGGGUUGCAAAUAAUUAAGGAAUUAGUUCUUUUAACUUUAUAACAAAUAAAAAACAUUCUAGGCACUGGCAUAAAACAUGCCCUUUAGGAGCUCAUUAUUCAUUUUGCAAACUCAUAUUUCCUAUUCCUAUUCUAAGACCUGCAGAAUAGGGCAGGAUCUAUCUAGUUUUUGCAUUUGCUAUCUGGUUUAAUGUUAUACUUGUCAUUUAAAGUUGCAGUCAGAAACUCUAUUUCAAGAAACUAAAUUCUGUUCUUAGUGAGUGUCCCUUUGUUACAUAAUAUUUGCCACAUUAAGUCAAUAGGACAGUGGCAUUAAGUGGUGGAAAAGGAAAGUUUAUAUAUUGGAGUGUUGGCUGCGGGAUGAAUAGAGAAGCAGAAUGAAUUCAUGGAAAAGAGCAUUGGCUUGUGCAUCAGGUCUGAAUUUUGGCCUGGCCACAAUUAGAUAUGUGUCAUUUGGGGUUUAUUUAUCUUAUGAGUAAAGUGAGAUAAUAGUAUCUAACCAGUAGGAUGCAAAGUGUGGAAAUCAUAUCUACCUAUCUAUAUGUAUAUGAUCAAUCAUAUCUGUUUCAUAGUAGAUGUUCAAUAAAUGACAGGUACCACAAAUGUCUGUCAAGUAAGUAGGUCAUAAAAUUGAGCUCCCAAAUGUCUCUUCUUUAUACUUACCAUAUCCUUUUCUGCAGCAAUCAAAUAGAUAGAUAUAUGACUGCUUUUUCAUAACAAAUUGUUGCAAGAAAAUCUUUGUCCACUACUAUUUGUUGAAGAUAAAAUGCAAAUUUCUUAAUUAUUUCUGUUACUUUACUGUGUCCUUUAUUAAGUAAAAUAAAUUAACCUUUUAGUGGUAUGUAGGUCCAACUGUGAGUUUUCUUACAUAUUUCAAAAUUUCAUUCAUCCAGGAUCCUAUGUAGUAUUUUCUCCCAAAUUAAGGCACCGUCUUUACUAAAUCACCAAAGUUUAUAUUUUGCAGUUGUAUUGUGGUCUUCCUUAGCACCUGGAAUUGAAAACAUCUCUUUUGAAAUUAUUCUUUUUUUUUUUUUACUUGCCUUGGAGGAAAAAUUGCAAAAUAUGGUGGAAAAAAAUCGUUUGCAUGAAAAGGGGAGGGAAAAAAAUCCCUUUACGAUCUCAGCAGAUUUACUCUGCUUGAGAGAAAAAGAAACAAUUUUAUUGGAAGCAGAUGUUGACACUGUGUCAGUUAUUGAAGAUGGAAAGAGUUCACUUGAACCAUUGCAUUUGCAAAAGAGUCAGUUAGAAUCCCUGUGAUCGAUCACCUUCACAGCAGACAUAAGGACAGCAGAAAAGCAGAAACUCUAUGAGACCAAGACUGAAAUCAGCCUACCGAUUUUAAUGUACAGGAUCUUAAGGACCCGGUUUCGUUUUGCUUUAUGUUUUCUUUCCUCCAGGAUAAAAGACACAUCUUUCAGAAAAUUGAAGGCUUCUUUGAAAAAUUCAAAUUUAUUCCCUACAAACAUGGCCUAAGAGCUCUUUAAAUAUCUUAUUAAAGUAUUAAAAUAAGGUUAUACUUUUAGUUCAAAAAUGUAUGUGGAAGACAAGUGUGUAAAUUAUACAAAAAUGAAUAAUCAAAGAUUGGGGUAUGGGGUGGGCCCUGCAGGGAAGCCUCAUUCUCAAGAGUUUCAAAACGUUAAUUACGUUGGCAACAUGGUCGUGGACAUUGAUCACAGAACAAACUUUUAGAAUUUUUCAGCAGGCUUUUUUCUUUUAGUGCCUCUGGGAGUUUCACCCUAUCCACUUUUCCAAAAUAAAGAAAUAGCCAUUAUUAUUAAAAUAUCGUGAUUUUCUUAUUUCCUUUAUUGUCCAUUAUGCUUUUUUGUUUGUUUGAAAAAUAUUUUUAGUUUCAAAUAAUUGAUCAAACUAGUGUUCACUUGAAAUUGCAAAUUAGUUUGAUCCAAUAAAUUUAUCUGAAUCUACUUUUAAAGUUCCAAGAAAUAUUAAUUGAAUUAAGUGUAAUUUACCAAUUCCAUUGUAUAAGGAAGAAGGAAGUGAGGAUACCUUCUAGAAAAGGGCAGGUUAAUAUCAAUUAGCUUUCUUUUUAACAAUUUCUGGACUACUAAAUCUUGACUUAAGAAUAACUUUUAGAAUAUAAGAUUUCUUAGGGUUUUAUUUUGAUGUAUGCACAAGAUGUGAACUUUUCUAACGAUAUCCCUUUAUACUAAUAGAGAUGUGCAUUUUUUUAAAGCUGUGGCUAAGGCAAAAAUUAAUAAUGAUUAUUUACACACAUGAUUUAAUUUCUUAGGAUAUUUACAAUCUUAUAUAUUAUAUAGGAUUUAAAAAUACUCUUCCAGACAUUUUUCUGGAUAUACAAUAUAGGGAAAGGUUUUCAUGUGAAUUCUUUGUAUCAUUUUAAAGUGCAUAUAUUGAAAGGGAAAACAUGAAUUAAUUUGUUUUUAUCAUAUAAAUGUAGGUAAGGUGAAGUAAUUUUAUAAAAAAAAUUAACGGUGUGAAAGACUUUACAUUUGUCAUUUGAUUAGGUAAACUGAAAACUAUUAAUAGAAAUAUUAUCUUACAACAUUGAAAUAUAAUGAAAUUCCAGACUUGUUAGUUUCAUGAACAAAUUUUAUGCUGUCUUAAUUUUACAUUUUCAGAAAGAAAGACUAAUUAACUAAUCUUACCCAUGUUGUCAGUCUUAAUUUACAAAAUUCAUAAAACUUUUGGCUUUACAAGCUAAUUAUAAAAUAUUAAUUUUUCUUCUACUUUUCUUGGGGUUAGGGUAAAAGACAUUUUCAUAUUUCUGUUCACUCCUCAAAUGCAGGUCGCAUAACUACGUGUCAAUGAUAAAAGAUGGUGGAGGACUUUGUAGUAAAAACAAUGUCAUCUUCAAUUUGUUCAAUAAAUAAUGUGAAUUUAAUGCUUAUAUUUUAAUGUAGCAUUUUGCUUUGGUCUGCAUUUCUUGACAAUUAACUAAGUCUCUGUUUUCCUAUCCAAUUAAGCAAUUUAUAAAUACCUUUGGAAAUUAAAA